GAAUACGGAGUUACGUGACGUAAGGCGGAGGUGUGGAGGGAGAAUGCACUCCCCAGCAGCUGCUGUCCAGUAUUCUGGCGGCAGAAAGAGGUGCAUCUCCUCCCUGCAGGUCACAUACCACCAGGAGAUCCACAGGCCAGCUCCUCGGCUGGCACAAUUCAACCAACCUCACAACACCAGUAGUGGCUGUGGGUCCAUAGACCACAGGCCAGAGGAAGAUGGACACUCCCAAGAAGCAGGGAGAUUCGUGCCGGAUGACGAAGACCUGGAUUUCUAUGGCCCACCCUCCCUCGUUCUUCCUCCAUGUUCUAUGCCUGGCCUUCCUCCUCCCCUCCCCCCUCCCAGUUCCCUGGCCCACUGGGACCCACCACCACAGAAACUCCAUUCAGCCGAGCCCUCCUCCAUCUCUGAAUCUCCACCUAACUUGCCACCUAUUCCAACUGUUCCUUACAGCCCUCUCUUUGAACACUUCAGAGCAUCUCUACAGGAGGUGAUGAGGGAGCAGUUUGCGUCGCAGCGCAGCCUCCAAUGUAAUCAUCAUCCUCACUGCACCUGCCACCAAUACUGCCAGAUAAAGGAAGAGAACCAACACCGUCCAUCAGAAGUACUAAACGAAGAUGAAGAUGAACAUGGGCAGAGUAUAGAAACAAGCAUUGACUCAGGUGUAUGUGUUGAAGCCACACACCCUCCUCCCAGUAGCACUGAGGAAGAGAUGAGCCUUGCUCUCAUCAGACUGCAGACCUUGGCAGCUGUCAUCACCACCAACCUCCAACAAGAAGAGUUAACCUCUUAACACCUACAGAACAAUCACUUCUGAUCACCCACCAUACUGAACUAAGCCUAUCUCCCAUUCUAAACAGAGCCCACCUUCGAUCUAUCACUGAUUAUAUUAUGCAGCAUACAAUUGGGCAAAUAUACACAUAGACAUAAAAGGCUGGGUACACAACAUAAAACUGUGGAUUAUGAUCGAAUUUAUUGGUCUCUAGUCAGCAUGUUGUCAAUAGCCAGUUCUUCCCUCAGUCGACCUCCUCCAUUCUCACAUCGUCGUCUUCUCCCUCGCCCUCUCCCUCUAGUGGAGGCAUCUCCUCUUGGGCAGUGGUCUCUUCUGCCUCGGUAUCUGCAGCGUCAAUGUCAAUGCCCAGCCCCAACUUGAUCAUCCGGUGGAUGCGAUUGGCGUGGGUCUGCGGUUCGUCCAGCGAGAACCCAGACGCCAUGAGCGAGGUCUCGAACAGCAACAUGACGAGGUCCUUCACCGACUUGUCGUUCUUGUCAUUCUCCACCUUCUGCCUCAGCGUCUCCACGAUGGGGUGCUCCGGGUUGAGCUCAAAGUGUUUCUUGGCGGCCAUGUAGCCCAUGGUGCUCGUGUCCCGCAGCGCCUGGGCCUUCAUGAUCCGCUCCAUGUUGGCAGUCCAGCCGUACUGGCUGGUCACGAUACAGCACGGCGACGAUACCAGUCUCUGCGUUACGACCACUUUUUCGACCUUCUUGUCGAGGAUGUCCUUUGUCACCUUGCAGAGCGGUUCGAACUUCGCCUUGAGCUCCUCGAAUUUCUUCUUCUCCUCUUCCUCCUCGGGCAGCUCG